AUGUCGAGUCUUAUAUGCUCAGUUAGGGGCUGCCAUAAUAAUUGGAUCAAAAGGAGAGAACAAUUGAACCAACGCUGUUACGACCAUAAUGUAAAGCGAUCGGAGUGUUGUGGUGCACUCUACGAUUUACACCCACCACCUAAAGAUGAGGAGCACCUGAGGCAAUGGCGGAAGGCGCUAAACUUGAAGUGCCCACCCAAGCGCGCUUAUGUGUGUUCUUACCAUUUUGUGGACAGGAAGCCGACUGACGAACACCCUUACCCCGAGAAAUGGCUCGGCUACGAUGUUCCGGUAAAGAAGUCCCGCCGGGUGCUGAACAAGUUGUCAGAUUCAGAUGCAUCAAUGAGUGUCAGUGAUGCAGUGGACAACUGUGAGGAGGAUCUCAGCCACAUGCCCCAGACCUGUGAUGCAGAAACACAAUGGGAGGAUCCAUCUGUCUCUGACCACAACUACACUACAAUAUCUCAACUCAACCUGAAGCCACCUACAUCUGAAAUUGGAACACAAUGUGUUGAGCCUGCGCCAUUGUACAUAACUCUGCUGAGAAACGACCACCUUUGUCAGCUCUACACAGGGUUGACAUUGGAUGCAUUCCAUUCAGUUGCCGAGCACCUUACCAGUUCAUACACCAACAGCUUUCAGCUACACACUUGGGAUCAGCUCUUGAUGACUCUGAUGAAGCUGCGUCUUAAUUUAUUGCAGGGUGAUCUUGCUGAAAGGUUUUGUGUUUCUCAGUCCAUUGUAAGCAAGGUGAUUUCGUGUUGGCUUGACAUCAUGGAGGAGAAGAUGAGGUGUUACAUACCAUGGCUUCCCAGGGAGACAAUCCAGGCAACAAUGCCUCAGUGUUUUAGAGAGCAAUUUCCAAAAACAACAUGUGUGAUCGACUGUUCAGAGACACCCCUUCAAAAGCCACGCAACCUUGACUCGAGAGGUGAGUCCUACAGCCAUUACUACGGCCAGAACACCAUCAAAUAUCUGGUCUCCAUUGCACCAUGUGGACUGAUCAUGUUCAUCUCACCAGCGUUUGGAGGAAGAUGCAGUGAUAAAUUCAUAACUGCAAAUUCAGGGUUCCUGGAAUACCUUCGUCCAGGCGAUGAAGUAAUGGCAGACAGAGGCUUCACUAUUACCGAUCUCCUCUAUGAAAGGAAGGUGAAACUUGUCCUUCCAGCAUUCACAAAGAGAGGCAUGCAACUCUCUGAAGAAGACACCACCAACACUAGGCGCAUCGCCAAUGUACGUGUCCACGUUGAGAGGGUCAUAUGUCGACAUAAAAACUUCAAAGUCCUCUCUCAAACCAUUCCAAUUAACCUCACCCCUAAAAUAGAUAAAAUUCUAAGAAUUUGUGCAGCCCUUUGCAACCUUCGAAGCGACAUCAUUUCUGAUAUUGAGGAUGAAUAAAUGUUUAUUUGUA